GUGAGACGAAUGAAGCUUAACUCUUGCUUCACAUUUUAACAAGCAAAGCCUCAUUUGUGACUGGAAACUGUGACAAUGCAUUUAUGUGCUUUUCUUCUGCUGAGCUUGGCUUUGGUUCUUCAUCAUCCAUCAGUAAGUUAGACAGUGGAGAACAUUUUAGACAAAUGGAAGAGCAUUGUGGAUAUAAACAAAGCAUCAGGUUUAAACCUCACGGAAGGAGACAUCAUGGAGUCUAGGCCAGGAAGUUCAAUUGAAGGGAAUCAGUCCUGGUGGGAUACUCCUGUGCCCUAUGAGCUGAGUGGAAAUCUCAGUAUGAACUAUAAAGGUGUCAUUCUGAGAGCCUUCGAGCAGUUCAGACUGAAAUCAUGUGUUGACUUUAAGCCCAGAGAAGCAGAAGAGUUUUACAUCUCUGCGGAGAGUCAUAAAGGGUGUUGGUCAUAUAUUGGACGCUCGUUUCCUGGAGGACAGACUCUUUCCAUCGGAAAGGACUGUGGAAGAAAAGGCAUUGUUGAGCACCAGUUUCUCCAUGCUCUGGGAUUGAACCAUGAACAUUUGAGAUAUGACAGAGAUGAUUACGUGACAAUCAAAUAUGAAAACAUCAGGAAAGGAUAUGAGAGUAAUUUCAAUAGACACAAUGAGAACGUGUCCACUACCCAAGAAACCCCAUAUGAUUAUUACUCUGUGAUGCAUUUUGAUAAAAAUGCCUUCAGCAAUGGUAACGGACCCACAAUUAUAACCAAAAGUCCUGAGAUCCAAGGCGUGAUCGGACAACUUAUGGAAAUGAGCGAGUAUGAUGCGAUGGAGCUCAACAAACUCUACAAAUGCAAUUCCUCCGUGUCUUUCCUCGAUCACUGUAGUUUUGAUGAUGAAUCUCUGUGUCAAAUGAGCAUCAGUUCUUCUGUUGAUGAUGGCUGGCGGAGAGUGAGGUCAGUGAGUGGCAUCAAUGUGACCGACCACACAUACUUGGGCAAAGAACAGAACGGGACAUCUUUCUUCAUGCACUUCAGCACUGAGGACAGAAACGAGGGCGACGCAGCCAGAUUGGAGAGCAAGACAGUGACCCCUACAAGAGACUGCAAAGUUCAGUGCCUGCAGUUCUACUACUAUCACAGCGGUCAUGAGUCUGACCAGCUCAACAUCUGGAUCCGAGGGCAGCAGAAUCAAGCAGACUGCAGAGGAGCUCUCAGACUCAUGGAUCAUAUCACAGAAACCCCUGGUAAUUACUGGAAGCUGCAUCAUGUGCCAAUGAAUGCAAAUACAUCUUUCCAAGUUGUGUUUGAAGCACGUAAAGGAGCUGGAAGCUCCAGUGGGGGCUUCUCACUAGACGAUAUCAAUAUUUCAGAGACUGAGUGUCCCUUCAUAUGGCAGAUUAGAGACUUUGAGAAGAAACUAAACAGUGGGUUGAGCAUUUGGAGUCCACUGUAUUACUCCAAUGAUGGAUACCGCUUUGCGGCUCAGUUAUCUUUGUUCAGGAAUCCAAUUUCAAUAAAUGUUUAUCUGGUAUCUGGUGCAUAUGAUGAGCAACUGCAGUGGCCUUGUCCAUGGAGACAAAUCACCGUCCAGAUCCUGGACCAGAAUCCACACAUCCAGAAGCGCAUGUCCUUUGAGCAGAGCAUCACCACUGACCCUGAUUUGACUUAUGAUGAUGGUGGUUAUCACUGGGAAAAACCUCAAUACACUAGAUUUGGAUUUCAAAUCAACAUCAGUGGUGAGUUUGUAUUUUUGGCUGGACCUGCUCAUGUUGUGCUCUUAACAAAAGAAGAUCUCACUAGAAGAGAGUUUAUCAAGGGUGGAGACCUCAUAUUGCUCUUCACCAUGCAAGAUAUCUCAGCACUGCUUCAGAAUGCCUCUCUACCCUGCUCUAAAGUAACUGUGAAGAACUUCAACGUUUCUAAGAGUUGCUCAAACGCCGAUUUCGACAACUACAAUUCCCACUACAGCUACAGCAGAGCACACUGAGGGCUAAGACUACAAAACCAGUUAAAC